GCUGGAGGACUGACUGACUGACGGACGGCCGAGCGAGCGAGCGAGCGCGGUGCGCAGUGCGCGAAGCGGACGGCCGAACGAUCGAGUCCGAGUGGCGCGAAGGCUGAUGCAAGAGGCGGAGGAGCGCGAGCGCUGCCGUCGCUGACUCCGGGGGUUUACGAGUCGAACCCACGAUCAACACCAUGGGUGACAACGUGAAUGUUGAGGAGAAAAUCAACCUGAUUACCAGGAACUUGCAGGAGGUUCUCGGUGAGGACAAGUUGCGUUCAGUUCUGGAGGAACGGGACCUGAAGGUUUACUGGGGAACAGCGACCACUGGAAAGCCUCACGUAGCGUACUUUGUGCCAAUGUCAAAAAUCGCUGAUUUCCUAAAAGCUGGGUGUGAGGUAACUAUUCUGUUUGCUGAUUUGCACGCUUACUUGGACAAUAUGAAAGCUCCCUGGGAAUUGCUUGAACUGAGGACGCAGUACUACGAGCAUGUUAUCAAAGCAAUGCUAGAAAGUAUAGACGUACCACUAGAAAAACUCAAAUUUGUGAAGGGAACCGAGUACCAACUGAGCAGGGAGUACACUUUGGACGUGUACAAACUAUCCUCGGUAGUGACCCAACAUGAUGCCAAAAAGGCUGGGGCUGAAGUGGUUAAGCAAGUGGAGCACCCACUCCUCAGUGGUCUCCUGUACCCUGGAUUACAGGCUUUGGAUGAAGAAUAUUUAAAGGUUGACGCACAGUUUGGAGGAGUUGACCAGAGGAAAAUCUUCACAUUUGCAGAAAAGUGUCUCCCCUCUCUUGGAUAUGCAAAGCGUAUUCACUUAAUGAAUCCUAUGGUCCCGGGUUUAACAGGUGGAAAAAUGAGCUCUUCCGAAGAGGAGUCUAAAAUUGAUUUGUUGGACAAAAAGGAAGAAGUAAAGAAGAAACUGAAGAAGGCGUUCUGUGAACCUGGAAAUGUGGAGAACAAUGGCGUCUUGUCUUUUGUGCAACACGUUCUGUUUCCGUUACACGGAGAGUUUGUUGUUGUGAGAGACGAGAAAUGGGGAGGAAGCAAAUCCUACACAGUGUAUGACGAACUUGAAAAAGACUUUGCUGGAGAAUUUGUUCACCCUGGGGAUCUGAAGAGCUCUGUGGAAGUUGCCUUGAACAAACUGCUGGAUCCCAUCAGGAAGACGUUUCAGACCCCAGAGAUGCUUAAAUUACUCCGAGCUGCAUAUCCUGCACCCACAAAACAAAAGGUGGCUCCCAAAUGUCCGGCUGCUGAGAAUGAGGACUUAGUUCCUUCCAGACUAGAUAUUCGAGUUGGAAGAAUUAUCAGUGUGGAGAAGCAUCCUGACGCAGACAGUCUCUACGUGGAGAAGGUGGAUGUCGGAGAAGAACAGCCACGAACAGUUGUCAGUGGGCUGGUGCAGUUUGUCUCCCCUGAACAGCUGCUGAAUCGAUUGGCGGUGAUGCUGUGUAACCUGAAGCCACAGAAAAUGCGAGGAAUCGAGUCUCAGGCCAUGUUGCUUUGUGCAUCCAUAGAUGGAGAUAAACGCCAAGUGGAACUAUUAGACCCUCCGGAAGAUUCGAUGCUAGGAGAACGAGUGUUUGUGGAAGGGUAUGAGAAUGAUACGCCAGACAUUGAACUGAAACCGAAGAAGAAAGUAUUUGAAAAAUUACAGGUUGACUUCAAGAUCUCAGAUGACUGUGUUGCUCAGUGGCAGAAGAAGAGUUUUAUGACCAAACUUGGUGUUGUUACGUGUAAAUCCCUGAAAGGAGGGAAUAUAAGUUAAUGAAUGAGGAAUAUACAGAUUUGUCUACGGAAACCCUAAUUAUUUUGUACAUUGUAUUCUUUAUCCACCCUACCCAUGCGUUGUAUAAUUUAUUUUGCAAUAAGAUUAUCAUGUUAUUUCAGUACUGAUCCUUUAGUGUGUCAGAACCAUGAUGUGCUUUUAUGAUGUUGAGGAAACACAAUGAAAAUAAUCAGAAGGCAAAAUAUUGCAGAUAGAAUUAUACAGCACAGAAGGAGGCCAUUCGGCCCAUCGUGUCUGUGCUGGUUCUUUGAAAAGAGCUUUUCUAAAUCAAUCCCACUCCCCCGCGGUCUCCUGCAGCCCUGCAAACUUAUCCUCCCCAAAUAAAUGGAUGCUUGAAAUCUGAAAUUAAAAAAAAGUGGCUGGGAACACUCAGCAGGUCAGGCAGUAUCCAUGGAGAGAGGACAGCGAGUUAAUGUUUCAGGAUGAUGACCUUUCGUCACAGUGUUCUCAGCUACUUCUGUUUUUAUUUCAAAAUGAAAAUAAUGCUGAAACUAAGUGAGGGGGGGAAAAAUCAUAAAGAUGUCUGUGCUUAUGAAACUGCUACAUAUUCAUCAAACGUAUUGGAUUUGAAUUGCAAUGCGGUAGAUAUUGUGAUUAUCAAAAUGCUACCAUCUUAAAUUGGCACGCUUUAUGGUACGAUUGCUGAGAUAACUUGUGCCAGCUGUUCGUGGCUUUUGUUGGCUUUGAUUUGGGCUUUCUGGCUGGUGACUUGCAAUGUAAGCAAUCACUUGAUAACAAGGUGAUAUUGAAUCACACACAGAGACCUAAUCCUACAUCUGUAACUUGUACAGCAAGUAAACCUAUUACAGUCUUAAUGGUUUCAUUCGCGUUGUUUAGUUCUGUGAUGAAAAAGCCAAGUUUAUAAAAAAAAGCUUACAAAUGUACCUACUACUGUUGCAGAUUAUUUCUUCCCUCUCUCAGCACACACACACUUCCAGUGAAAUGAGUCUGAAAUGCAGCGUUGUAUUGUUUGUUCAGAUAUAUUUUGCUCUGGGCCAUGUUCACUCCCUGCUCCACAGGUGUGACCACUGACGGGUCACGGUCAACUUCCCAAAGUGUACAUUUGCUAAACUCUCAUUCAAAAUCUCAUGACUGUUAUUGAUGGAAAGUAUUCAAUUUAACAUGUAAUAAAAUGGUCUCAACACUAA